AUGCUGGUGCACACUUACUCCGCCAUGGAGCGCCCCGACGGGCUGGGCGCAGCGGCUAGCGGGGCCCGCCUGUCGUCGCUGCCCCAAGCGGCCUACGGGCCGGCGCCGCAGCUCUGCCACACGCCGACCGCCGCCGCCGCUGACUUCCAGCCGCCCUACUUCCCGCCGCCCUACCCGCAGCCGCCACUGCCCUACGGCCAGGCGUCCGACGCCGCCGCCGCCUUUCCCCACCUGGCCGGAGACCCGUACGGUGGCCUGGCGCCCCUGGCACAGCCUCAGCCUCCGCAGGCUGCCUGGGCCGCGCCCCGCGCCGCCGCCCGCGCCCACGACGAGCCGCCCGGCCUGCUGGCGCCUCCCGCCCGCGCCCUGGGCCUCGACCCGCGCCGCGACUACACCGCCGCUGUGCCGCGGCUCCUGCACGGCCUGGCAGACGGCGCGCACAGCCUGGCCGACGCGCCCCUCGGCCUUCCCGGGCUGGCGGUGCCGCCGGGCCUGGAGGACCUGCAGGCCAUGGACGAGCCGGGAAUGAGCCUCCUGGACCAGUCAGUGAUCAAGAAAGUCCCCAUCCCCUCCAAAGCCAGCAGCCUUUCGGCCCUCUCAUUGGCCAAAGACAGCUUGGUUGGCGGCAUCACGAAUCCCAGUGAGGUCUUCUGCUCCGUGCCAGGCCGGCUCUCUCUGCUCAGCUCGACAUCCAAGUACAAGGUGACAGUGGGGGAGGUCCAGCGGCGACUCUCACCUCCCGAGUGCCUCAAUGCCUCUCUCCUGGGUGGUGUCCUUCGCAGGGCCAAGUCCAAGAAUGGGGGCCGGUGCCUGCGGGAACGGCUGGAGAAGAUUGGGCUCAAUUUGCCAGCUGGUCGUCGCAAGGCCGCCAAUGUGACACUGCUGACUUCACUAGUAGAGGGAGAGGCUGUACACCUGGCCCGAGACUUUGGCUACGUCUGUGAGACCGAGUUCCCAGCCAAGGCGGCUGCCGAGUACCUGUGCCGCCAGCAUGCUGACCCGGGGGAGCUGCACAGCCGCAAGAGCAUGCUGCUGGCCGCCAAGCAGAUCUGCAAGGAGUUUGCAGACUUGAUGGCGCAGGACCGUUCACCGCUGGGGAACACCCGCCCAGCACUCAUCCUGGAGCCCGGAGUGCAGAGCUGCCUAACACACUUUAGCCUCAUCACCCACGGCUUCGGCGGGCCUGCCAUCUGUGCUGCCCUCACUGCCUUCCAGAACUACUUGCUGGAGUCACUCAAGGGGCUGGACAAGAUGUUUCUAAGCAGUGCAGGCAGUGGGCAUGGUGACACCAAGGCUUCGGAGAAGGAUGCCAAACUUCGGAAGUAA